UUGCUCCUUCAAUCGCUCCAGCAAAAGCGGAAAUAAAGCCUAUUAUCUCACUUGAGAUGCGUUCAAGACACGUGUGACAGGCUGCAUGGUUAAUCUGUGCUUCUCUCCGGAUACCAGCCGCAGGAUUCCCCUCGCAAAGUAACCGCGCUCCCUAAGCCGAGUUGGCAUGGAAGAACUGCUGCGUAGCAGUAAAUCCUUCUCUAUACAAGUUCUCGGACGAGGUUUUUGAACAGAACUUUGAUAGGUGAGAAGUAUUCCUUCUAUUCCACUCAAGUUUAUCUGUAUUCUUUUGCUCAUAUUCCAUGAUGAAUUAAAGUAAGCGCAGCUAUCCCCUAUAUGUCUAAGACCUUUUCAAGGGCAUACUCUCUCAGGGGUAUAUAUACAACCAGACUACCCGGUCUUUCUUUGUUUGAAGUCAUCAUUCUUACGGCAAAGCUAGAUGCCCGAUCUUUAUUUCCCCAGCUCUUGGUCUUCGGUCCUACUUCUGCGGUUAGGCAAACUUUACUCUUAAGAGACUGAAUUGGGCAUAGAAUCUCAUUCCCACUAGAUCCACUGAAGCUAUAUUGGCAUAUUUCUUCGAAUUUGAAUCUUCCUUACAGGUGAAAUCCUGCAAGCCUUUUUAGAUCUUCCAAGGGCAUACAUAUUUAUUUUCUUCAUGUUGUUUGGGAGUCAAAGCAGUGGUGAGACACUAUAUCUGUGUCUGGUAAGCUUACGAGUUCGAUUGUGCGACGGAAGAAGGUCAGAGGUCUACUAUCCAUAGUUAGUAAAUACUCCGUUUAAUACACUAUAUGUACCCAUACAUACUUUAUCCAUUUAAAACUUCCAUAUUCGUAUUAUUUCCAAGCCGUUUCAUUAGUUUCCAUUCAUUUGACGGCUCCUGUACUAAACACGUAUAAAACCUGUAUAACAGAUAUCCGUAUUUAAUGAAAUAAAUUAUCAACUUUACUAUAUUUUACAUAUUUAUUACUUAUAAAAAUAAUUAAUUUUAUAUAGUUAUGAUUAUUAACGUACUAUGAAACGUAACAUUAGCUAAGAGACAAAGUAUAAUACCCGUACGCAUUUUAUAAGUAACUUUCCUAUACCGUAUUUUACGAACUAUGCUACUAUCUAUAUAUCACAUGAAGAAUUCACAUUGAUAUGAGGAUGGAGUUGUCUAGAGGUAAGGAGCUAACUGGUUGUAAUCAAUAUUGGACUGAAGUUAGUGCAUCAACUGCUUAAACAGCUUUGGCGAAGUCAGUACUAGAUUUUUCCCUCUCUUUAGACUAAAUAACAGCAUUCCUCAACCUUCGGUCGAGUAUAUUGCAUUCCUCAACCCGAUUAGGCAUUUAGCCCUUCAAAAUGGAUUUCUUGUUAGUGGAAAGUGCAGCUCUUCAGUCUACCCAUUGUCACGAGUCAAAGCCCACACCCUUUUCUUUCAAUGAUUCUUGUGCAAUCGGAAUUUCGCUAGACCCACAUUUCUAUCUUCUCGACCAGUUCUGGUGAAAGAAGUCAAGCUAGAAGUCACUAAAGAAGAGACCUCUGCUUCCUCGGCUAAACUCUUUCUCUGGGGUGACAUGUCGGACCACAACUGGGCAGGAACCCUUCAUUCCAUUAUGCCUGAAGCUCGUCUUCAAAAUGGAUCUAAUUGCACUUCACGCCCCGUGUUUUCCUUACGUCUUUUGGUCCGCCACCAGAACUUGGCUGAACCAUCAAGAUACAUGGCAGGCGUAUUCACCGAUGCCUCCUCGGACGUAGUCCGACAAGCCCCUCCAUAUCCAAAAAGUCUUUGAUUCUUAGCAUCUCGAGUGCCAACGAAUGCCUUUGAUUUCACUUGAUUCGAACCAUCUCCGCCGCGCCUCUUCGACGGCUCUAGCCUACGAGUCCUUCCCACCAGCCAUGGUUUGGCCUAACCUUGGGUCAGAUAGAAGGCGUGAGCCUAUGGAUCAAGGAGAGGGGUCAGGAGCUGGACGUGGACGUGGAACUGGGGGAGAAAGAAACCAAAGGGCCCAGGCCAGUCUUUCACUUCCAUUGGAGGAAGAGUCAGAGCCGGCCAAUGAGGACUCCUUUAGUGCCUUACAGGGUGGUCUCAUAGAUCUAAAUGAACUUUAUCUUUCCCCGGGGAAGACAUCUAUUUUUAUAAUGAGAGAGGCAUGGACCAAUGCAAUGGUGUCAAAAAAAGGCUUUUUUUUGACGAUAACGGAUGGUUGUAAUAAGGGGGUGACGCCCGGGGAAGAUAUCCACCCCUUUUGAAUUAGACUUUCCUUACUUGAAAGUCAACGCAGUAGGAGUUUAAGUUCCUUAUGCGAGCAACUUCGUUCCUUCGUCCUUCUCUCUUCGGUCGAACUCUCCCCCUCUCACUUUGUUCGAGCAUAUUGAUAACUUUAAUUAUAUUCAUGAAUAAUAUGGAACAAAUCCGCUUAUGCUUAAUUAUAUCAACGUAGUUGAAAUCCCCAUAGAUCCAAACAGAAGAAUUGAAUUAGUUUCACCUAAGUAGCUAACUUAAGUACCACUUCCAUAUUAAUUGUUGUCAUCUAAAUAGCAAACUUCAUUUUGGAGGAUGUGAUAAUUGCCCGACAUCUUCCACAUCAUCUUGCUUAGCAGUAGUGCCUCAAUAGUUCCGUCUUGUGGUGACUUGUGAGAGGUGAAGCAAUUGUCAUAAAAGUUCAGUGAGAGAAAUUGAUACUUUUUUAAUUUGUUUGUUUAAUCCUACGAUUGUGAAACAUAUGCUUAUUUAAAAAUAAAAUAAAAACUAUAUUGGAACAAUGUAUCAAAAAGAUAUAUACGAAGUUAGUAUAACCUUAGUAGGAGCAGAAUCAUCAGUGCAUCUUGCUUGAUUGUCACAAGAGUGAAUUUUUUUUUGUAUUCUUUGAAGAAGUUUUGUGAAGUAAUAGAUACGUGGAAAGUUAAUUGCAAGCCUUCCAAGUGUAGGAGAUGGUUAGGCGUAUCCUUCAUCACCACUCUCAACAUAUAAUUUACUGACAAAUUUAUCAAAAUAUCUAGUAUCCUCGUGGUCGAAGAUGACAAAUGUCCCUCCCACACAUGAGUAACAUGUUAUGGAAAAAUAAAUUCAUUACAAAUAGGUUUUUCCAAAUAUCAUGACACAUUAUUGAAAAGUUAUUUGGAUAAAUUGCCAAAAUCUUUUCAAUAAACAGCAUCAAAGUUAAUUUGAUAAAUUGAGGGGAGAUCAUCAAUUUUGAAUGUUGAAAACCCAAAAACCUCCUAGGUACACUUGUGUAAUUUUCGAAGGAUAUGAAACUACUUUUCUUUCAAUAGUACAAAUAUGGUAACAAGAAUCUUAUCCCAUGAAUCAGGGCCCUUGGUUGCUUCGGAUCUGAUUAUCCUAUCAAUUUAAGUACACUUAUAAUAGUGAUUGACCCAAAGCCCCGGAUAAAUAUUUUGGCCCGGCCUGUUCUAAUGUCAUGCAUUCUCUUUUUCUUCUUUUUUAAUAUAAAAUAUUAAAAAUUAUCGCUUUUCUUCCUCCAGAGAGUGGGACCUAAAAGGACGCCCCUGCCUGAUACUGAGAAUGAUCUAUCGUAAUGGUGUUUUAGUCACUUGAUCACUUUCCUCGUUCAAAUUACAACCAACCUAAUGGUGUUUUGGUUUUUUUACUGUGCAACUAAGACUUCGGUUGGGAGUGGAUUAGGUUUUGUCGGAUUUACUGGGAGAGCACUCCAUUGAUGUUUGGGCUUUUUAUGAUUAUAUGGACGAUGCAUUCAUCAUCGAACUCAUUUCAUUUAGGGAUGCUCUACGAUAGUGUCUUUAUCAUUCAGUAACUAACAUUUUAUUCUAUGGAGUUACGCAGGUGAUUCAUCCACAUCAUUAAUUUGAAGGAUUUGACACACACUUGGGGUGGAAGCCUCAUUUACGAUGUUCAGGGUCUACGCUCAUCUCUGCUCUGCAGGAUGUCUCGUUUCACCUUCGUUGCGUAAGUAUAAUAGGGUUGUCAUCUCAUGGAAAAUAAAUCCUUUCAUUGUUGGAUUGUCAUUAGCGAUGUCAAAAUAUUCACAUCCGUGGAUACUCGCUCGAAUUCGAUCUCACCUGGCCUGGUAGGGAAAAACCAAACCCGAACGAUUUUUGGUGGGUAUGGGUAGAAUUUAAAUUCAAAUGUGGCGCAUAAUGUGUGAACAAGGAUUUUUCACUAUUCAACCCAAACUCACCUGAUUAACAUAUUUGUAUGCAUAUUCUAUAUAAACGAUCUUUAUUUUU